AACAAACAAGCCUUAAUAAAAACUGGGCUCGUUACUUGGUAGCUAAAUUUAAAGACACACCUGUUGCAUACGCAAUGUUCCGGUUCGAUAUGGACUAUGGAAAUAGUGUAAUAUAUUGUUAUGAAAUGCAAAUUGAAACUGCUUAUAGAAGAAAGGGGCUAGGAAAAUUUAUGAUGGAGACAUUAGAGAAUUGUGCUAAACACUGGCAAUUGGAAAAAGUAAUAUUAACCGUAUUGAACAACAAUAUUAAUGCGAUGUCUUUCUUUAAAACAAUUGGAUACAUUCUAGAUGACUCUUCACCAGACGUAUUGGAAAAAGCGGAAUAUAAAAUAUUAAGCAAAUGCACUUUGUAAUUUAUAAGAAUAUUUAUUUG